GGUAAACACUGCCUGCUGGAGGCUGAGCUGAGCUGCGUCAAAGAUCUGCUGCGGAGAGAAAUCUACCCGAUCAUCCUCUACGUCAAGAUCUGUGAAAAAAACAUCAAGAAGUUACGGAAGCUGUCUCUGCGUGUCGAGUCGGAGGACGAGUUUGUCAGAUUGUGUCGGGCGAAGGAGAAGGAGCUGGAGAGCAUCCCCUGCCUCUACGCCAGCCUGGAGCCCGAGGCCUGGGCCGGACCGGACGACCUCAUCAGGGUCAUCAAAGACCGAAUUCUGGACGAGCAGAAGAAAACGGUGUGGGUGGAGCAGGACCUGCUGUAGACAAACACACACACGAAAUAAAUCCACAAACAAAC